CCGCGCCGCGUGACGCGCUGUACGCAUCGAUCCCGCGAUGCUCGCUACUCUCGCUAGUUACUCUCGCUGAUUCGUGAUGAUGGUUCGACGCAGCGGCAGGUACACCACCUGGCGUGGAUUUAAAGAUUUCGCGCUCGGAAAACCACCGGACGAAGAAAAAGAAAAGCCAAAACCAGAGGACGAUCUAUCGAACCAUGACGAAAUAUUCUUGAAAAGUAUCGUUGAAAGUCCGGAUUUCGGGCGAAAAAGUGAGCCCAUCGAAUCAGAGGAGGACCUGGUCGUAAAACCCGUAUCGUUAGAUAACGUAAACAUAAUACGGUCGCUGAGCGAGUAUCGUGGCAACAACAUCAGAACUAUUGAGCAAGCGGAACUCGCUAUAUUGCUAUCCAGAAUACAUUUUAAGGCUUUAAUAGAUGCGCAUGAUGCAAUAGGUGCCUUGUGGCUCCAAAGAGGAUCUGGCAUUGAAGAGCCACCUAAACAGGACAAAGACACUGCAGAAGGUGCGGAAACUAGCCCAGAGGAAAACGGAGACAUGCCUGUGGAGACAGUCAAAGUUGUAGGCCUUAGAAAAGUGCCUGGACAACCUUUAGGAUUAACAGUCACUACAGAUGAGCAUGGCCAACUUAUAGUAGCUAGAAUAUUAGCUGGGAGUGCCGCAGCUAAGCAAGCCUUACUCUCUAUAGGAGAUGUCCUGCUAGAAGUAGAUGGAGUACAAGUAGAUACUGAAGAGCAGCUCAAAGAGGCAGUGUCCAAGCCUAAUGAUAGAGUCACCUUAAAAGUGGGGCCUAACCUUAAGGAGAAAAGUUCCCAGUUAACAAAUAAACUUAGUUGCUACAUGAGAGCCCUAUUUGACUAUAAUCCGAAGGAGGAUACGUUAUUACCAUGUAAAGAAAUUGGAUUGGAAUUCAAAAAGGGUGAUAUAUUACAAGUAUCAGACAGAAAAGAUCCUAACUGGUGGCAAGCGAGUCAUGUAGAAAACCCUGAUGUAGUAGGUCUAAUACCCUCUCCGGAAUUGGAGGAAAGAAGAAAAGCGUAUGUGCCGCCUGAAGCCGACUUCGUGCACAAAAUUAGCAUAUGUGGAGCUAGGAUAUCUAAAAAGAAGAAAAAGUUCGUAUACGAGUCCCGCUCAAGCGUGCAGCUGGAAGGCGCAGAAUUAGCGCUGUAUGAAGAAGUAGCGCGCACGCCGCCGUUCCUGCGCCGGGUGCUGGCGCUCGUGGGCACGCGCGGCGUGGGCCGCCGCACGCUCAAGAACCGCAUGCUGCACGAGCACCCGCGCCGCUUCGGCGCCGUUGUACCACAUACCUCCCGGCCUCCGCGGCCGCUAGAAGAGAACGGCACAUCAUACUGGUUCGUGUCACGCGAGGAGAUGGAACGGGACGCGCACGCGGGCCGCUUCCUCGAGUAUGGAGAACAUAAUGGGCAUCUUUACGGGACCCACUUGGAUUCCAUUAGGGCUGUUAUUAAGGAGGGCAAGAUGUGCAUCCUGGACUGCGCGCCGGCGUCGCUGAAGCUGCUGCACAACAGCAGCGAGUUCCUGCCCUACGUGGUGCUGCUGGCCGCGCCCGGCAUCGAGCAGCUGCGCAACCUCACCUUCGCCUCCAACCGCAACCUCACGUUCGACCGGCAGAGCUCCAUUCGCUUUAGCUCGCGCCGCGCGCGCACGCUAGAGUCCCUCGCUUCGCUCUACGAGGAAGAAGACAUGAAGCAAACACUAGAAGAGAGCGCACGGAUACAACGCCAGAACGAGAAAUACAUCGACCUGGUCAUCACCAACCACAACAACGACACCUCGUACUCGCGCAUCAUGGACGCGCUGCACGCGCUCUCCACCGACCACCAGUGGGUGCCUGUUAGCUGGAUAUACUAACAGUACCCUUCGCUGUACGAUCGAACACGAAGUGUCCGUGAGACCUUACUGUUUAGCAAACGUUAGAAGAGAGCGGAUACAGCGCCAGAACCAUACCUGGUCUUCACGAACCAUGACAACGACACCACGUACUCGCGCCUCAUGGACACGCUCUCCACCGACCACCAGUGGGUGCCUGUUAGCUGGAUAUACUAACAGUUGCUAACAGCACACUUCGCUGUGUCCGUCAAUGUUGUUUAAAUUUUUCGUCUUAUUGAAAAAGCUAAAUAUUUGACUUCGCCUGUUAGAAUAACUUGAUACGUUUGGUCAUUUGACUAUGUCAUCUUUAGUGCCAAAGAUUCAUUGAUUGGACAAAUUCCUGCUAAGUUUCAUGGCGCUGUACGGGUCCGUACUUUUGUGGUAACUCUGAUUCUGAAAAGUUGAUGUUUUUUGACAGUUUCGUCACCACAAAACAUAUAGCGCCGUCUAUUUUAGCUUUCAAACUUAACACUAUUUUUACUUGGACUAGGUACUUCUUAUACAAUCAAUGAAUCUUUGAUAGUACUUUGCCAGAAAUAGUCUUAAAAGUCAAAUUGCCAUCGCUUGGCAUAUUAUUUAGCUAAUUGAGUGGCGUUUUCACUUACCAUACAGCACACUUCUUCAGCGGUGGCAUCAUGGUUCCAUUUUUAUCGCUUGUUACUAUGCCCGUCACUUUCGCACUUACGUACUUGUUAGAACGUGACGGGUAUGGUGACAAAUGACAAAGAGCCGACCAUCUUAGCCCUACUGGUUACCUUAGCGACACCAACUCGCCAGUCGCUCCUUAUAAAAUGCGCUGCGCGCAUUAUGACCCAAUGAUGCAAGUUGUCUGAUUGAUUACAAGACUGGUUGUCUUUACUUCGAUAUUUCAAGGAUGAUAAAAUUCGUGUUCUAACUCUUAAACCAAGAACACUAGAUAGGUAGGAAGUAGAUAUGCCACGAAUAUUCGGCGACUAUUCGUGGCAUCUCUAGUACGAAGUUCGGAAACUUAUUUAGGUAUAGUUCGUGUGACCCACGAUGGCGCGCAGAUUUGUAAAAUCUAACUUUAAUAUCAUGACAAUACGCGUCAAGGCAUGCGUCUUCGUGAAUGGCACGAUCUAUAAAUUGGUUUUAUUCAAUUAUCAUAACUACUGGCUUUUAAACAAAAGUGAUUUUAUCAUCGAUUUCACUAGAAUUAGUAUUCAUGAAAGAUGGCUUGUUAAAUUGGGCUAAAUAGGUUUAUAUUAUAAACCUCCUGGACCUCCUGGUAUGCAAGUUUAUAAACUUGCAUACCAAGAGCGUCCCGCUUUAAUCCGCUAGUUCUCUUUAUAUUUUACGAUUACUUGACGUAUUAUAACUUGCGUUGCGGUGGUAAAUAUCGAAACUAUCUAUGAUUUUUUUUAAUACUAUAUUAGACCUCGAACGGUAUAAUGGGAACUAGUGCACUUAAUCCUUUUUGCUUUUAUAAUUUGUUUACUCUUUUUGCAAAUUAUUUGCUCUUUUUAUUUAAUCAAACUAUGCAUUUUAGAAUGAAAUUGGAGUAGUAUAAAAUGAAUUUGUAUUAGAUUAAGUCAUACCUACAUCACAGGUUGUAUGUAAAUUUAUAUUUUAAGGAUGAAAUCUCGAUUUUAAUUAAGUUUUUAGAAGUAUCUCUAUUAUACACUCGUAUAUUUUUUUCCAUGAAGAAUGUCAAACCAGUAUUCUGUAAAAUGUAUUAUUUUAUCGAAUAUAAUGUAACGUUACUUAAACGUGGGUAUUUACCAUAAAAUCUUGGAAAAGAAGAUUUUUAUUGAAUGUGCACUGCAGGCUUAGUGCAGGUUGUAAUUUAGUGUACCUAUUUUAUAAUAACUACUAAAAUCACAGAUCUAGAAUGACGCUUACGCUUAAUGAUAGUUGAAGUGUGCAAAAGGGAAGCCAUAAGGUGUAUGAACAUUACAUGAGUGCGAAAGAGGCAGACUUCAAAUGAAAAAACGUGACCUUGUUUGAACUUCAUAGCGGCCGCUUGAAUGUCCCAAAAAGUAAGAUAAACCUGGACUAGAAAAUAUGAAAACCUUAUUCAGGACAUUCGGUGGGUAGUUGUAUCUUGGAAUAUGCCGUUACAAAAGCAAUUUUUUUAACCAAUCACAUUAAAGUCCGACCACGAUAAGUUGGCAGUAAUUUUGAUAGCCCAGACGUAUUUGUUGCGCAAGUGUUAUUUUUAACGUCAUAAAUCUAUGAAAUUGUGGCGUGUACUGAAUACUUUCACAGGCUGGGCUUUCAAUAUCGUUGCCAACUUAGCUUGGUCUGACUAUGAUUUCCAAAUUCAUUACUUCCAAUGGCACUUAAUAUCACUCCGAUUUUGGUCGUGCUUUUGGUAUUUGACAAGCAACCUUGUAAAUUAAGCUUAGAAUUAAGUUUUUUACGAUAGGUGAAAAUUCGCUCUAUUGGAUAAAGUCUUGGUAGCUCAUAUGGAAGAGCACCGGGCUAGCGAUCAGGCGGUCGUGGGUGAAAAUUCCACCCAAGGCAGUAAAUGUUUCCACUUUUAAUUUGUUUCGAAACUCAAUAGCAUUGUUCGCAAUUUCUGCUUGAUACACAAUUGUGACGUUCCAUGUGAAAAGGUACACCUUAUAGCGGUCAGCGCUUACGUCGCGUAGCACCCAAUUAGUAUUCGAGCGUCAUUAAUAACAGCGUAUGCGCCGACCGCCAUAAGGUACCUGUACUGGAGGGACGUCACAAUUAAUCUCGUACAUUCUAGACCUGUGACUAAAAUACAAGGUGACUAAGCAGUGUCACCUAUUUGUGCCACGCGUUAACUUUUUAAUUCUAAAAUAUAUUAGGUGAAGUCAUUCCAGUGAUCUACAAUCCUCUCUUUACUAACACAUAAUGUUACCACACGCUAUGCUAUACACCUAAAUAUGCUAUAAUAAUUCUGUACUUUUCCUUCCAUAGCCUUACCAUUGAGUGUUCAAAAAUUAAAUGUCCCACCUAACAACCAUACUUUAAUUUGUGUUCUCAAAAAAGAGAUAUCUUAGGUGUAGACAUAGUUUAAAUUCUAAUUUACAAUGCUCUAAUAAUAAGUUUCGCAUAAAAAUGCAUUUAGUAUUUCUGCUUUAAACACUUUAGUAUUCUUCAAGUAUUGAUUGAGUUAAGUAACAGUUUACUAAGACAUCACAAGACACGUCCACAUCUUUCUACGAAGAGAAUGUGGUUUGCAACGGACAGUAUCUGAGGCCUAAUUCAAACUUGAGAUGAAGGUUUCGACCAGUUUUCACGGACGCGUUAAACAAAAAAAAUCGCCACUUUUAGCACACCGUGUUCUUCUUGGAUUCUUUGUGUGAAUGGGACAAAAUGUCGGUGAUAAAAAAUAGAAUAGCGCUAGCGCUGUACCAUAGCGGUGACAUGUAUCCGCGUGUAUACUAAAACGCAUCUAUAUACUGAAAUACUUCUAAUGUGUGAUUCUCACAUGGUUUUUACACAUUCGAUUUACUGCUCACAACCUACACUUAGAGCUUUGUGCGCGAUAAUUGCAUGCUUGCUAAUACUUUUUUGGUUGGCAUCACGUUGGCAUAGACAAACGUUCCCGAACUGGUCACUUCUUCAAACAUGUUUGAUGGUCUAACACGAGUUUUAUAAUAUUAUAUGUACCUACUUUUAUAUCACAUACUUAAAUAUAAGCUUACAUGUAUUAAACUAGCUGAUACUUCAUUUAGAAUCUCACAUUCCGUCCAUUUUUGUUUUGUUAUUUAGCUAUAAAUUUUAUUGUAUCAAGAUUUAUUCAAUAUACAUUAUGUAAUUUG